CGGCGAUCGAGGUACCAACAUGCGACCCAGACCGAAUCAUCUACAGCAUCCAGAUCCGGCUCGGAGGCUCGAGGGUCGGGGCCGGUGUCGACCGGAACCCAAUGUGACCUCGCCGCCAGCCAGCCGCCCGGCGGGAUCUCGUUCGUGGAUCUCAAACUGUAUCACCACUACAUGACCACUACUUACAAGACGCUGGCGGACGAGGAAGGGGACACGCAUGGUGUCUGGUCCAACCACGUGCCACGCUGGGGGAUCUCCUUUCCCUCCAUCCUGCAUCUCAUUCUCUCGCUGUCGGCGCUUCAUCUGGCGGCCGAGAACCCCGACUCACGGGCCGAGUACCUCGCCCAGGCGGACGACCACUUCACCUUUGGGGUGCGGUCGGUAACCGCGGUGCUGGCGCUGCUGAACUCGGAGAAUUGCCAGCUGAUCUACAUGUCAGCGGCGUUGAUCUGCCUGGCCUACUUUGGCCGGGGGCCACGCAUCGGCGAAUACCUUGUGUUCAGUCAGAGCGGGCAGUCCGAGUGGCUGGUGUUGCUCCGCGGGGUGCGAUCCAUCCUGACCACCAACCACGAACGCAUCUUCACGGGGGUGCUGACCCCGGUCCCCGACGACAGUAUCAAGGAGGUCAGUCCGGCACUGCAGACGGAGCUGGACCAGCAUCUGUCGCAGAUCCAGGCCCUGCGGUCCUGGAUCACGUCGCAGGUGAGUGAUGUCGCCGUCUGCGAGGUCUAUGCAGCCUCGAUCGAGGAUUUGAUGUCCAUUCUCCGAGAAGCAUACGCGAUCCGCAGCGCCGGCAAGGACGGAAUCCGUCUGAUGCAUCUGGCUAUGGGGUGGAUCUAUCGGGCGCGAGAGGAGAUGAUUGCGUUGUUAGAGGCGAGAGAUCCAUAUGCGCUGGUGGUGUAUGCGCACUGGAGUAUUAUACUCCGGUAUAUGCAGUCGUGUUGGCUGAUGAGGGGGUGGGAUGAGCAUGUCGUUGGGGGAGUCAGGGCGUUGUUGCCGGUGGAGUUGCAGGGAUGGAUCGAGUACCCGCUGAGUGUGGUUGCUGGUGGUGUUUCUUAGUGCUCUAUAUAGACAAUUUGUUUCGGGUUCUUUUCUUCUUCUAGGGUCUCGUGGCCCGUGUCUCUUGACCAUCGCGUCAUUCGAGUAUGCCCCGGUUCUAUAUCUGUCGCAGCACCUUGGUCACCUGGCACUUUUGCUAUACCCGUUUUGUGCGGCCCAUAGAAACCCGACCCCGUCGGCUCUCGGGUCCAAUGAGGCGAAUGCAUCUGCGCCUCCAUCCCUUGUGGCGGCCAUCGACUGAGGGAUUUUGUUAUCAGAUCCUCAAUGUGAUUAUGCUGAUUAUGUGAAAAGUCGGUGGAGCUGACAAAUUGUCAAGGGGUCGAUCCGG